AUGGCCGGUUCUCAAUUAAAAGAGCUGAAAGCCACUUUAAAGGCACAUGGCUUAACGGGCCAAACCAAUGUUAAAAAGUCCAAGAAAGGUAAAAGAGAGGCAAAGAAGUAUGAUCAUGAGGAAAAGGCAAGGACUAUUGCCAAGAUUCGUGACAGAUUCAACCCAUUUGAAGUAAAGACAACAAAGAAUAAGCGUAAAGGUGGUGAUCCAGGCUUACUAAACUCCGAUAGAGUAGCUGUAGGUAAGCCUGGUAUAUCAAAGCAGAUCGGUGAAGAAGCCAGACGUAGGGCGUUUGAAGCCAAAAAAUUGAUGAAGAAAAGAAAAGGUGGUGUGAUUGAUAAAAGAUUUGGUGAGAGAGAUAAGACACUUACCGAGGAGGAAAAGAUGCUGGAACGUUUCACAAGAGAAAGACAAGCUGGUUCUCAACGGAAGAAAAAUCUAUUUAAUCUAGAAGAUGAUGAUGAAGAUGGACCUAUUGAGUUAGAUAUGUUUGGUAAUAAACUAACUCAUCUCGGUGAAUCAUUGUCGUUAGCGGAUGAUCUUAAUGUGCAAGCAGAAGAUACGGAAGAUUUAGAAGAAGGACAACCUCAAAGGAAGAAGACAAAACUAGAAGUCAUGAAAGAAAUUAUAGCAAAAUCGAAAUUCCAUAAGCAGGAAAGGCAAGCCGCUCAAAGAAAGUUGGAAGACAAUAUCGAUGAACUGGAUGAAGAUUUCGAUGAUGUUAUGGCAGAGUUAAUGACUACUCAAACUCUCAAGCAGGAUGACAUUGAAGUCCCAGCAGAAGAGAAAGAUUAUGAUAUUAAGGUUAAGGAAUUGAAUCUUGAAAAAAGAGCGGCCCCGGCUGACAGAACAAAGACUGAAGAAGAAUUACAAAAAGAAGCUGAGGAGAGGAGACAGAAGCUUGAGGAACAGAGAUUGAACCGUAUGCAAGGUAUGUUGGAAGAUGAAGAGGGUGAAGAAAGAGGUGUAGAAGACCUGGAUGAUGGCUUUUGGGGUAGUGACAGUGAGGUAGAAGAGGGUGAAAAUAUAGCGAACUCUGAUGAAGAUAUAGAAGUUGAAAGUAGCAGCGAAGAAGCUAUAUCAUACAAAUCGAAGAAAUUGGUUGCAAUUUCAUGUCCUCAAACACACCCAGAAUUCUUAAACGAUUUAAAAGGGCUAUCACUACUUGAACAGCCAAUUCAUGUAAAGGCUAUUAUUAAAGCAUAUCAGCCCAAGCUUGCUGAAGGUAAUAAGGUUAAACUGGCAAAUUUUUCCAAAGUUCUACUUAAGCAUAUGAUAUAUCUCGCCAAUCAGAGGUAUGAUAAAGACUUGAUCAAAUUUGACAAGACCCAAAAUGAAUUUUUAAUUAUCUUGAAGCGAUUAUCGGAAAAAUAUAAUCAAGCUAUCUCUGAAGUUAGUAGGGAAUACAUUCUUGACAUUCAGGAAAGGUUCAAAAAGCAGAAUUUUCAUGCAUUGAAUAAUGGAGACAUUCUUUUUUUCAUAAUUGUCGGUGUCUUAUUUUCCACAUCUGAUCAAUACCAUUUGGUCGUAACUCCUGCACAGAUAAUAUUAUGUGAAUUUUUAGAGCAAAUCAGAUUUAAAUCUCUGAAAAGAAUUGCUGUCGGUUCUGUGUUAUUAAGAAUCAUUCUUCAGUAUCAAAGGCUAUCGAAAAGGUAUAUUCCUGAAACUGUUUAUUUCUUGCAAAAAGCGUUGCUUUCUCUAGUUGUAAAUCCAGAUGAUAUUGAAAGUGACAUGACACUACCUAUCAGGUUAGAUACGUUUGACUGCGGACUAAAGUUAAAAGAGCCAUCUCUUCCUGAUGACGCAGUAGUUCAUUUGCAUGAGCUAUUUACAAAAUCUACAACAAAUGAGGAAGACUUGAAAAUAAAUGUAUUAAGUAACUUAUUUGAGGACUUAGAGAAGCUGAUAGGAAGUCACUGGAAUAAUGAAGCGGCAUUCCCUGAAAUUUGUGAAAUUUUUGAACCAAUACUGUCUGUAUACAAAGUUAGAUAUCCAUCUAUUACAACUGUUGAGUCUAUUGAAGAGAAGAUAAAGAGAAUGAAGAAGCUCAAUAAACAUUAUCCUCUUGCUUUACAAGCACACAGACCAACAGCCAUUCCAUCAUACGCGCCAAAGUUUGAAGAGAACUUCAAUCCUGCAAAGAAGUCAUAUGAUACUGACGUUGCUAGAAAUGAGGUGAAUAAGAUGAAGGCUCAAUUGAAAAAGGAACGUAAAUUCGUAAUGAAGGAAUUGCGUAAGGACACUAAAUUCGAGGCUAGACAAAGAAUUGACGAGAAGAAGAAGGAAGCAGAAGCAUAUCAUUCUAAGAUGUCUAAUAUUAUCAACACAAUUAAUACAGAAGAGGGUGCAGAGAAGAAUAAAUACGAGAGAGAGAAGAGGUUACGUGCCGGGAAAAAAUAA